CCAUGUCUGUCCACGGAUUUCUUUCUGCAAGGCUUUUUGUUUGUUUAUAAACUUAAUCUUUGAGGUUAAUGAUGCAAAACCUCAGUAAUUAUAAAUAGUAAUAGUUUUUAAAUAGAAAUAUAGAAAUAAUAACACGAAUUCUUUGUAGUUCUAUAGGUUUUCUAUCCAACAUGGCUGAGAAGGAAGAGUUCAGAGACAUCCAUGGGAAAGCCAUCAGACUGUCCUGCCAGGAUUAUUCAGCUUUCUGCAGAGAGUUCACCGUCAGCUCUGCUAAACUCUCUCUGGUCAGGGUGAUGGUGUUCACCUGCGGCGUCUGGCUGCUCGCGUAUGCUGGCUUUUAUCUCACACAGAACACGACGGUUCUAUCCGGUGCCAUCUUCGUGACGUUAUUGGGAAUGCUGCUGCACGUUCACUUCGUCAAGGUGGACCACGAGACGCUGCUGGUGGUCGGCUCGCUCGGCGUCCAGCUGUCCUCGGCGUACGCCUCGGGCCGCGAGAGCACCACCUUCAUCGAGAUGAGCAGGAUCAAAGAUAUCGUCAUCAACGAGGCCAUCUACAUGCAAAACAUCAUCUACUACCUGUGCAUUUUGCUGAAGGAUCCCGCGGAGCCUGACGGAGUCAGCAGCGUCGUGCCGCUUUUCCAGAGCUCGAAGCCGCAGCUGAGCUGCCUGGUGCGAGUCUACAGGAGCUGUCAGGAGAUCAUCGGACAGACGCCAUGA